CGGACCAUGCCCUUGGCUUGAUAACUGCCUAUAUAACACUGUUUCGUCUGCUUGUAGGUACCAGCAGAGAUGCACCGCUCGUGCCGUCAUCUAGCUACCUGUGAAUCAGUGUCGGCGACUCACCCCCGAGUCGGACCAUGCCCUUGGCUCGAUACACCUGCACGGGAUGGCUGGUCCUACUGUUCUUGAUGUCGUCCAGAGGGUCUCCACACUCGCCUCUAACACUCGUCAACCCAUGGCUGUCGUCCUGUGACUUGCAUCAGCCUUCCCCGCCAGACCUCCAAGGUUCCUGCUCCAGAAUGAUCAGUGAAUUCCCCGGACCGCCGCCGAGCUGUCCGCCUCCGUGUUCUUCUUCUUCAUCGUCUACUCGGUCGACAUCACGAAACUCAGAUAAUACAACUCAGUGCCUUGAAUAUUUGAAUGAAUCGCACAAAACGGUUUUGUGUGGGGCCGGCGGGGGCGGGGGUGUUCGGGGCGUGAGGCUGAGGCAUUGCUGCGAACACUCGGUCCACGACUCGCUGAGCGCGGAAGUGUUUCUGGACAAUGCCGCCUGUGAACGCGCCGUGCAAGCGUUGAUAGACAUCGACAGACUGGCCGCUAGACUGCAGUGUGAGUUCGCGGAGGUGUUAUCCCGCUAUGACUGCGGCCAGAGCUACUCGGUCAACUUCCACUGUGACCACUGUCAGGAAGCGUACCGGCAGUGGGUGUGUGCCUCCCUGGUGCCUCACUGGCUUCACGGUCGACAUAGAGUGAAGCCUUGUCGAACCGUGUGCCAGAGGGUGGAACAGAAGUGUCCCUUCUUUCUGCCGAGCGACCGUGCCCCCUCCUACCCCACACAGUAUGCGGGGGAGCCCACUUUCCUGUGCCUCGAUCCUAAUAUCCCGGAGACGGGGGAACAGCUUCAACGGUCUACCUACUCGUCGUCCUGCUGUUUCUCACAUUGUGGGACGAGUGAGUUGUGCGUGACGCCGGCCGAGUGCCUCCCCAAUGCCAGUGGUUCGCGGGCAGAACAUUGUGCCACCGGUGCGACAUCGGUGCUCGCCCCCUGUGCCAGUGCCGCCCCUCGUGCCAGACUGAGUGUAUUGCUCUUCGGUGUACUCCUUCUAGGCCAUCUAAUAGAUCGACGAUGUAGGAAAAGAACUAAAAUCAGUUGGAAAUAGUUUUUACUAGCAGGGAGACGAGGGAAGUGGCUGGACCGCUGUGUCAAUGCCUUAUUAUGAUAAAUUGAAAAUCGGUUUGCUUCCAUACGACAGUUCAGCGCUCUUCGUCGCACAUUUUUCAGGUUGACAAAUGAAAUGUUAAAAGUUUAUUUUGUAAUACUCACCUGUUGCACAUCACCAAGUGGAAAAACACUGAUAAUCAUGUAAUUUAGAGGGUCUUCAGGACUCGCUGUGUUUAAUUAAUAUAACUUUUUCAUUUGGAACAUUAAAUCAAAAUAAAGUAUAAAAUGUUAUUCAUAAAAAUAAAUAUGUUCAUGUACGAGUUUCAUAAUUGUUAUUUUGCAGAAAAAAUUACACUAACAUCUAAACAUGUAAAAUAUGUUCACAAAUUUUAGUUUUCAAUACUAAUUGAUUUAAAAUCGAGAGCAUUGUUUCAUUAUCAUCGUUUUACAAGUUUGUACUCAUACAAACUUAUCAAAAUAGUAAAUACCUUUGCCUAUGGUAUAGUUUAAAACUUUAAUUGUAUACACAAUUUUUUAAACCUAAAAUUAGCUAACUGCAGAUUACUGUACUUACAUGUUUAUAUCAUUCAUUAUAGUCAGUGAAUUUUCUAAAGUACUCUAUUGCUAUGAAUCUCAAGCCAAAUUGUUUGCAACAAAAAUUUAUUUCUUGAUUUUUAAUGAAGAAAAAAAACCACAUAUAACAUGAAAAAAACCAUUUCAAUUGAUUCAUUGAUUGAAAUAUUUAAUAUCAAAUGUUUCAUGUAUGGGCUUGAAAUUAAAUUGGGAUGGCCAAAUAUCCAAGACAGAAGGAUGUCAUGCCUUGACAAAAUUAUUUGUUACGCAUUGAAACAAAUAUUGUAUAUACAUCGAAACAACGUAAAAUUGAUACAAAGCAUUCAUAAAUUGUUUGAUGGGAGAUAAUAUUCUUCCAUAGUGUAAUAUUUCCUCGGGUCUUGGUGAAGUAAAACAGGUUUAAAUCCCACUUUGGGGAACUAGAACAAUUGACUCCUAACUACUCGUGAAACUGAAAUUGCACAAAUCUACAAUGACCGACGCAUAUCACUACAAUACAGGUAGCCAAACAGUUGUAAGGGUAAAGCUUCUGUGUUAACCAGGUUUGUGAUUCCAUCUGAUUCUAUAACACCUUGAUCACACCUGGUUUUGAUUCUAGUUUCUCACGUGGUGAGUGUUCCUAACUAAGACUUGUCCUUUAGUUUACCCUUUUCGUUCUCUCUCUCAAGCACAGUGUACGAGUGGUCGAUUUAGUUGUUGAAGUGCGACUAAGGAUUAAACUUACAACUUCCCAUCUACUCUCUGCCAGGAAAACCAUUUCUUACAGAUAAAAACUUAUGACAAUUGUUUAAAAAAUUUGUAGUGCUCUGAGGUGGACAUGGAGUGUUUAGAACAAUUUUAAUAUUUAAACCAAGGGAAUAAAUAAUAAUUACUAUUAAAUUGUCGAGGGUUAAUGAAUAAAACAAGAAACAGCCCGAGAAUAGAUAGGGAACGCAAUGAAAUAUGUGUCUGCUAUUGUUUGUAUAUUGUAUGAUAUUAGUUAUAUUUUAUACAGAUUGCGUUGAUGUAUGCAGCGUAUCUAGCUCUGCUACCAUUCACACAUCAGAAUUAUAUUUUACUUCGUGUUGGAAGGGUGAACUCAGCUUUAGCCAAUUGCAGCAGUUAAGUCUUUGCAAAUUUUGUACUUUUUAUAAGAAUAACAACUUGUUAGUAAAGAUUUAAUUUAAAUAAAGUGGUGAUUCCUACUGCUUUAUCUUUAAGAAAAUGGUUCAAUGAAAAACUUAACGUUAUUUCUUAACUCAUAUUAUGUAAUGAGAUGUGAAAAAUAUCAAGUCUUUUGUCUGCUUAUGUAAACUUUCCAUAUAAAUUUUAAACUGUUUUAAACUUAGGUAUAUUAUUUCUUAAUAGAUUAUUUUAAAACAUGUACAGCACAUAGCUGAGAUGCCCUUUCUUAAUUCUAAAGUCUCAAAACAUUUAGUUCUUAUUGUAUGGCUAGAAACAGAUUUUAUGAAGUGAUCUUAAUCUUUAUUUGAUUUUGACUCUUUGAAAAUAGGAACAAAAAUCUGUUAAGUUGAAAGUUUCUGAACCUCUGAGAUAGUAUUCUGGUGAGUCUUAUGGAUCUAGAACACUUUUUAGGGAAACAGAAGGAGGUUUUCAUUUCCCUCCCUAUAUUUUUUUAGAUUUAAAGUAACAAAAUAUGCAAUGUUUUGAUUUUAAAAUGUCAAAUUUUGAUCAGUAAAUUUUCAAAGAAAACAAAGAAAUUUUAACAAUGAGAAUCAAAGAUUAGUUAAAAGUAAAAGUUUUUUUAUAAUGUAGUGUUUUUAAAACCAUUUAAUAUUCAUAAUAUACUGUAUAAUGAAAAUCUUUUCCAUUUAAAUAUGCAAGUACAGACCUCAUACAAACCUUUUUAUUUUGUAGCACUGUAUUGAUCACAGUUGGCAAGAAUUUAUCUCUGUCUUGUCUACCCCAUCGUCAUGUAUCGUCAAUGACUGUUUGCCUGCCAUAGGCAGACAAUAGAGCAUGCUCUCUACCUAAAAAUAGUCAGAAUUUUUAAGUUUCAUAAUUUUUUUCAAUAAGAUACUAAAUAUCCUAUUGAAGUUGAUCAAGCAAUUAAGUUUUGUGGACCAUCAUCCCUUAAAACAUUAUAUACACUGCUCAUUUAAAGAAACAGUCAAAAUGUUGCCUAAAAGCUAUCUAAAAGACUGGAGAAGUUUUGAAGGUAAAACAAAAAAUAAAUGAAGUGUAAAAACCAAGAAGAUCAAGAUCCUAAAAUUAGCGCAACCCCAUAGGGCUCUGUAUAGGAUUAUUGCCAGGAACUUUUUGUAUGACUUCAAUCUAUGGUGAUAUCAUUUUCUUCACUUCUUUCCUUGAAAUAUUUUUUCUUUCUACUCUUGACUGUGGAAAUAAGACAGAUGAUUUUGACAUCAUAUUCUAACCAGUAACAUAAAAGGGGUUUAGUAAUUCUAAAGUAACGUCCAGAUAUCUAAAUAAACCCAGACUGGAUGAACAUAAAGUGAUACAAGAGUUCAAUCUUCAGGACAUCAGAAGUGCCAGUACAAAUUGAUUUAAACUUUGAGUGUAUUUAAGCCCUGUCCGGAAAACUUAUUCAUAAAUAAUAUUUUAUAAAAUCAUUUAUUAUUCAGUCACAGUAACUUAAAACUUUACUGAAAAAUUACCCAUACUUCACUAGCAAACCUGUGAAGAUAUUAAGAUAUAAUACUCUAUGAACGAAAUAAGUUGCACCGGUACCACUCGUUUAUAAUUUAAAAGUACAAGUACUAAUAGAUAUUUAACAACACUUCAAGUAAUCAGUACACUGCACUACUAUUCUGAAAUUCCGUGAUUUAUAGUUAUCAAACUAAAACCUUAUCAACAGGUUAUCUAAUAUAUAAGAACCGCCCAUACAAUAAUAGUAACCAAUUAUGAAUGACACACUAUGACUUGGCUGACAAUGUAAUGUGUUCAAAACUAUUUCAUACUAUCAAUUUUAUUCUUUAAGUUUUUAUGAAAUUGUUUGCACAGAAUCACAAAACAAACAGUUUUUUUCAGAUUUUUUUUGUUUUCUAUGAGUAUUAUUAAAUGUCUUAUGGAUAUCAUUAUUAAAAUUAUUGUUAGAACAACAGCAAUAUAACAUUUUAGAAUUAAAAUUGGCUACCAAAUGUUUUUGUUAAUUAAUUCCCAUAGACUGACCUUGAUUUUGGAGUGUUCUGAUUAAUUUGUAGUAAAGUGCAGAUACAAUACUGACAAAGAAGCUUCGUAAUACAAAUGUUUUUACUGUGAAUCUGACAAGUUUAUUGAUAUAUGUUUCAGAAAAGUAAAGUUAUUAAAUACUUUAUACAGUUGUUGAGGUAAAGAUAUGUGUUUUAGUAUGAAAAUAUUCAGAUCAUUAAUAUGAUGAAUUCGAAAAACAUAUUUAAAAUAAUACAUGCUUAGUUAAUUAGUUAAUAUUUUAAUGAAUUCAAUUAUAUUUUUAUAAAAUCAAAUAUUUUUCUACCA